AUGACGCUUGAACUCGACACAGUCACUGUCUCAUCUCUAUCAGCCACGUUGCUCAUCCUCAUCAUCGCAUACGUCACUGCAAUCAUCAUCCUCCCAAAGAAUACGUCAUCAAUAGACAACUUAUCAUUCAUAUGGCUCAUAUUCGACGCUCUCAUUCACUCCAUACUCGAAGGUUCAUUCCUAUACCACUCCCUGCGCUUCACUCCAUCACCCCCAUGGUUAACCCUCUCCCACGGGGCAGGCAGUAGCACAGCACCCCUCGCUCUCCUCUGGCAAGAAUACGCCCGUGCAGACGCAAGAUGGUCACUCUCAGACCCAUGCGUCGUCUCCCUCGAACUCCUUACUGUCUUCCUCGCAGGCCCACUAGCCGUGUACAUAGCAGCACAGAUAGUGAGACGUGACCCAGCGAGGCACUACUGGAUUAUCGUCUUGUGUACCGCGGAGCUGUACGGAGGGUGGAUGACAUUCUGCCCCGAAUGGCUCAUCGGUUCCCCAGCACUCAACACCUCCAACUGGCUCCUUCUCUGGGUGUAUCUUGUAUUCUUCAACAGCAUAUGGGUCGUCAUACCCCUUCUCCUGCUUUGGCACUCGUAUGGGUUUGUAGCAAGGAGGCUCAGGUUGGCGGAUAGGAUUGGUAAGAUUGAGUAG